AUCAAUAUAAACAAAAUCAAGUAAAAGUAAAAGAAUUCAAGACUAGCUAGAGAGGAAAACCAGCUAAGACAGACUGUGAUCAUGGAGGAAAUACAACACAGAAUGGUAGAAGUGAAUGGGAUCAAGAUGCAUGUAGCAGAGAAAGGAGAAGGACCAGUUGUGUUGUUCCUUCAUGGAUAUCCUCAACUUUGGUACUCAUGGCGACAUCAAAUCCUUGAGCUCUCGGGUCGUGGUUAUCGAGCUGUUGCUCCUGAUUUGCGAGGAUAUGGCGACACCGAUGCACCCACUUCUGCCACUAGAUACACUUAUCACCAUAUAGUUGGAGAUCUCAUUGCUCUUGUUGAUUCCCUUGGUGUUGAACAGGUGUUUUUGGUGGGUCAUGAUUGGGGUGCGAUCAUCGCAUGGCAAUUUGCUUUGUUUAGGCCUGACAAAAUCAAGGGGAUGGUGAUUCUCAGCGUCGCCUUUCCUCCGAGACAUCCAACCAAGAAACCCCUUGAGCGUUUGAGAGCUUAUUUUGGCGACGACUACUAUAUUUGUAGGUUCCAGGAGCCAGAAAUCGAAGCAGAGUAUGCUAGUGCAGAUACUUCAGCCUUAAUGAGGGCAAUGCUCACACACCGGAAAACAGGUCCGUUAUUUGUACCCAAGGGAGUAAGCUUUGGAGCUUUACCAGAGACUCCAGUUCCAUUACCAUCUUGGUUAACCGAAGAUGACAUCCAGUAUUAUGCGUCUAAAUUCGAAAAGACCGGCUUCAAGGGGGGAUUGAACUACUACAGAGCCCUUGAUCUAAGUUGGGAAUUAACUGCACCAUGGAAUGGGGUUCAAGUGAAGGUACCGGUGAAGUUCAUAGUUGGGGACCAGGACUUGACAUAUACGACUCCGGGAGCCAAAGAAUAUAUACACGGUGGUGGGUUCAAGAGAGAUGUGCCGUUGCUCGAGGACGUGGUAGUAAUGGAAGGAGUUGCUCAUUUCAUCAAUGAAGAAAAACCUAAUGAGAUUAGUGAACACAUUUACGGUUUCAUUAGCAAGUUUUAGCUGAUCUACGUUUUCUUAGUGGUUUUAGUUUAUUUCCUGAAGGAGUCUUUUGGUUUGUAUUAGCUUCAAAGCAAACAAUUAAGAGUU